AUGCCGCUGGGGCAGCGCGCCGGGGACAAGAGCGACUCCCGCUACUGCGGGGUGGAGGUGCUCGACUUCCCCGCCGGCGACGGCCUCCCCGCCGUCCUCUCCCACUCCCUCUCCUCCGCCUUCGACUUCCUCCUCGCCCCGCUCGUCGAUCCCGAGUACCGGCCCACGCCCGGCGCCGUCCUGCCGGUGGCGGCCUCGGACCUCGUCCUCAGCCCGUCCCAGUGGAGCAGCCACAUCGUCGGGAAGAUCAGCGAGUGGAUUGAUUUGGACUCGGAGGAUGAGCAGCUCCGCUUGGACUCGGAGCUCACCCUCAAGCAGGAGAUUGCGUGGGCCUCCCAUCUCUCCUUGCAGGCAUGCGUUCUUCCUCCUCCCAGGAGAUCGUCCUGUGCCAAUUAUGCUAGAGUUGUAAAUAAUAUUUUGCAAGGCCUGACCAAUAUGCAGCUGUGGCUUAGGAUACCUCUGGAGAAGUCUGAACCCAUGGAUGAAGCCCAAGUAAAUAAUAAUAAUCCCACGAGUGACAUAGUAGAUUCGUGGGAAUGGUGGAAUUCGUUCAGACUAUUAUGUGAGCAUAGCAGUCAACUGUAUGUAGCACUGGAUAUCUUGAGCUCACUGCCAUCAAUGAAUUCCCUAGGGCGGUGGUUUGGGGAGCCUGUAAGGGCUGCAAUUCUUCAAACGGAUGCUUUUCUAACAAAUGCAAGAGGCUACCCUUGCUUGUCAAAGCGCCAUCAGACUCUGCUUACUGGAUUUUUUAACCAUUCAGUUCAGGCUAUUAUUUCUGGGAGAUCAAACCAUAAUGUUUCCCAAGCAUCUGAAGGAGUGCUCGGAGUUGAUGAAAACCACACUGAAGAUACCCCCACUCGGCAUGCAUUGAGCCCGUACCUAGACUACAUCGCCUACCUCUAUCAGAGGAUGGAUCCACUUCCUGAACAGGAACGCUUCGAGAUCAACUACAGGGAUUUCCUGCAAUCUCCUCUCCAGCCUCUUAUGGAUAAUUUGGAAGCUCAAACUUAUGAGACUUUCGAGAAAGACACUGUGAAAUAUACACAGUAUCAAAGAGCCAUCGCCAAGGCUUUGGUUGAUAAGGUUUCAGACGAUGAAAUCCCCACAACUAAGACGGUUUUGAUGGUUGUUGGAGCAGGCCGAGGGCCUUUAGUAAGAGCAUCAUUGCAGGCUGCAGAAGAGACUGGUCGCAAGUUAAAAGUAUAUGCCGUGGAGAAAAAUCCUAACGCUGUUAUUACCCUGCAUAGUUUGAUCAAAUUGGAAGGGUGGGAAAGCAUGGUUACUAUAAUCUCUAGUGACAUGCGGUGCUGGGAUGCUCCUGAAAAAGCUGAUAUUUUGGUCAGUGAGUUGCUUGGAUCCUUUGGUGAUAACGAAUUAUCUCCUGAGUGUCUAGAUGGUGCCCAGAGAUUCUUGAAGCCCGAUGGGAUUUCUAUUCCUUCCUCAUACACAAGUUUUAUCCAACCAGUAACAGCAUCCAAACUACACAAUGAUAUCAAACAGCACAAAGAUAUAGCACAUUUUGAAACUGCAUAUGUUGUCAAGCUACACCGAGUGGCAAGACUUGCGCCUCCACAAGAGGUUUUUUCUUUCACACACCCAAAUUUCUCACCUAAAACUACCAACCAAAGGUAUACCAAGUUGCAGUUUGAACUACCACAAGAUACGGGGUCAUGCCUUGUACAUGGAUUUGCUGGAUAUUUUGAUGCUGUACUGUAUAAAGAUGUCCAUCUCGGGAUUGAGCCAAACACAUGUACACCAAACAUGUUUAGCUGGUUCCCGAUCUUCUUCCCACUGAGGAAGCCCAUCUACGUACCGUCGGAGUCACCCAUAGAAGUGCACUUCUGGCGAUGCUGUGGUGCCACUAAGGUGUGGUACGAGUGGGCUCUGAUGGCGCCGUCUCCAUCCCCAAUUCAUAACAGCAGCGGCCGGUCAUAUUGGGUUGGUCUAUGAGCUGAAAAAUCAGACCAUUCUAUUUUUUGUUUAGGUUUUUGAGAGCGAAGAAAAGGUAUUCUAGUUUUUUCGGCGCAUCCAACUACCUGGAUGAAUCAAGAGGCUCAUCUUGGAACUUGGAUGUGGGACUUUACAUGCUGUAACUCAUAAGCGGUUGGUUUGUAACUUCAUUUGCUUGCUAUUGUUGUUGCGCUAGUCCGUGAGUGUGUAUGUUGGGAGUUCAGUUUCAUCAUCAAUUUUGACAUUGUCUUGAGGAGCAUGCGCUUGAGGAGAUGCUGUAAGCAAAUUCAGAGACUCAAAUCUAGUCGUGUGUGCAAUUUUGGUAGUUGCAACAAGUUGGUAAGAAUGAUCUUUCCCUGCUCCCGUUCCAACGGGUGAAUCAGCA